AACCUUGAGUGUGAGGGAGAUACCGAUGGUUGAGAAAGGCCAGACCGCAGGCUACUGCCGAGAAGGUAGCCGAACGCAUGAGCGUUUGGAGAAUCUGUUUCUCUAUAUAUCUUUAUCACGCUGAACUUAACAACCGCAUGAACUAACAAGUAUGCGUCAUGUAAACAUGGGGCUUGAUUUACGAGCGCAUUACCUGUCCUUAGGCCUUUAAGUGUCGACGGUCAACCACCCGUCUCUGUCUUUAGAAUCUCCUGUCUACUGAUCCGCGCCACUGCCAGGCAAUGACAGCGGCUACUGCAACUCCGCAGCAGAUGAGAGACCGGCUGCUGCAGGCCAUCGAUGGCCAAAGCAAUCAGAUCUGCAACAUGGUGGCCGUCAUGGAAGUCAUCUCCUAUUUGGAGAAAUAUCCCAUUACCAAAGAAACACUGGAGGAAACCCGUCUAGGGAAACUAAUCAAUGACGUAAGGAAAAAGACGAAGGAUGAGGACCUUGCCAAGCGGGCCAAGAAGCUUCUGCGCAACUGGCAAAAGUUGAUUGAGCCAGGGCAGAGCGAGGUGUCAUCUAAAGGGCACUCAAACAUGCCAGGCUCUGCCAAUGGUGGCACUUACCCCUGCCGAACAGACAUCUCCCCUCCAGCUGCCACUCCACCAUCAGGUAAAACGGUCCCAGAGCUCAAGAACAGAAACGACUUCAACAACUGUUACUCCCCCAAAACUGAGAAGUCAGCUAACCGAAAACGGAAAGGGGAGCAGAGGGACGGACAGCACUUGCCAGUGAAAAUUCCAAAAACAACUGCCAAUGACAAAGUGCACAACUCCUCACGACCAACCAAUGGAAUCAUAGGUGGGCCGGAGGCUUUUACGGACAUGUUCGAUGUUCCGUCGGACAAAGAUAUUGUCGCUGAGCAUCUUGAGAGCGACAGACUAAACAAAAUCCCUGUCAAUGCUGUCAAACCUCACCCCAGUUCACAAGGACUUGGCAAACCUCCUAGCACUUCCGCCUUGCUGAAAGCAGCAGUGUUGCAGCAGCAGGCCAGAUUGGAGCAGGCUGCCUCGGGAGGAGGGCAUUGCCAACCCAAGAGUCCUCGUUCCUCCUCGCAUAGUCCUCGAACUUCCAAGCAAGAGUUGGUUGCAAGGCAACCUGCACUCUCUGCGCCCAAAGUAUCAACCCUUUCAAGUCCUACUCAGAGCACCACGUUUUCUGGGAUGGGGUCCUCUCCUUUGCCUUCUCCACAGCCUUUAACCCAGAGUGUCCAGGUAUCACACCCAGAUAGGCCUCCCGUUGCCGAGUCCUCCUUUCACUGGGAAGGACUGGCAGACUCAGACCCACACCUUCAGCACAGCAAUCGCAUAUCUAGCUCUCCUGUAGAGACUCUGCACAACUCCAAAUCCUUGUCACUUAGCAAAGGGGUUAAAAUUGAAGAUGAUGAUUCUGUGAACAUCACAGGGAAGAAAAAAAGAAAUAAAUAUAGGCCUAGAGACUACACUGUAAACUUAGACGGGCAGCCCACGGAAGAGAGCACAAAACCAGUCAGGUUAAAAGACCGAAGACUUACAUUUGACCCUGUAACGGGGCAGAUCAAACCAUUAUCCCACAAAGAGUCCUACCAGGAGUCAGAGGUCACACCAGCGCCUGUUCCUCUAGAGCCUCACAGGACCGAAACGCCUAAGCCAAGCCCCUGUCCACAGAAUCUCCCUGUUACCCCUAGUCCCUUUCAACAGACCAACUGGAAAGAGUUGUCGAGGAACGAAAUUAUCCAGUCCUACCUUAACCGACAAAGCAAUGUGCUUACGUCCUCUGGGGCUCAAACCCCUGGGGCACACUUUUUCAUGACGGAGUACUUAAAACAAGAGGAAGAUCAUGUGAAAGAGGCCAGGAAAAAGCAUACGUUGGCACCGACUAUCCCAGAUGCACAGUUACCUGGGGUCGACAGAGAGGUUACAAGUGAAGACCUUGUCAGAAUACACAAAGAGCACUGGCCUGGGGUUAAUGGAUGCUAUGACACUAAGGACAAGUGGUAUAAUUGGACAGAGUGCAUAUCCUUAGACCCACAUGGGGAUGAGAGCAAGUUGAACAUACUACCAUACAUCUGUCUGGACUGAGAGUUCCU